AGAGGAACAACGCAAAAUCCGCCAGAUCUUCAAUUGUGGUAGUUAUUAAACCGUUUUCUGAUUGUUUUAAGACCCAAGAUGUCUCUUUUUGCUUGUACUAAUUGUAACAGCCGCCAUCCAUUUGAACAACUUUCUAAAGGAGAUCAACUUUGUAAGGUAUGUUGUAAUAUUCAUUAUUGUUUCGCACGAUGAUUUUAGAACUGUCACCUCCGUUAGGUAUUUAGUUAACGUAUGGUAAAUUCAAUUAGUUUGUUGCUUCGCUUAAAGAUUUAAUUUCGACCUACAUCUGUCUGUUAGUCACAGUGGAAAAAGGUCGAUUCCUGCUGUCGUUUGUUGUGUAAACGAUUGAAAUUAGUUAAGCUGAGCUUUUUUCGAGGCAGAUUAGAGUUCCGGGCAUCAAGCGAGUAAUGGUAAAGCUCUGUUAGAUUGGUGAUGUCAACAUGAUAGCCGGCUCUUAGCCAGUAGGGGGAACGCGGAGUUAUCAAGCCGAUUCUUUAGGGACUAUUUUUUCCAAUUUCUCCAAACUUCGUCCUUGUAAAAAUAAGUGUAUGCCUGCAGGAUGCUUUUUAUUCAAAAUCCUUUUGAAUAAAAGUAAAAUGAAGACCUGACUUUUUUUCACGAUUGGUUUUCUACACAACGAUUGUUAGGCAAGUGAGUUGUCAUCACGUGAUUCAGGGUUAUUAGAGAAGAAACCCCUAAGUCAGCUGGUAUUUUGACUGGUAAUGUUCGCUGCUGAGACAGUAUUGUCUCAGUAAUAAAUAUUUGGCCAAGAAGUGAAGCUUCGAGGGCAAAUGUGAAGAUAUAAAUGAUAUGGACAUUAUUGGGCGACAUACCAGCAAGCCAGAAUGGGAUUUAUUUACAAGUAUUUUAUAACCCUCUCGUUGAGUCGACAGCAAAUUUUGUUGACUUUUUAAUACUUCCUGCAGUGACAUUUGAGAUCAGCUUUUCUAUGUCAUCAUCACUGGACUUGCAAAAUGGGUUUCUUUUUUCUUUCAUGUAACAUAAUGUACAGCUUGACCUAUAUUAAACAGCACCCUAAAAAGCCAUCACCCUGUAUUAAGCAUUUGGUUGUCAAAGUCCCAAAAAUUUAUCCAUUAAGCACUGUAAUUUUAACCUCUAUCAAGUGGUUACUUUUAUUGAGCGGUCAUGCUUGAUUGAGUCCCAACAGCGCACUCUUAUUGUCUUACACCUAAAUUGAAAGGUCACUUACAGCUGAGCUCCUCAAAUGAAACUAAGAAUAAUUUCUCUUAUCAAAUUUUUUAUCAAGUUUAUCUUCGGAAACAAUGUAUGUGCUUUGAGUUUAAAUGUGCUUACUGCACUGCAGAUUAUGUUUCUCUUUAAGGACUGUUUGGACAAACUGCUUUUCUUAUCUUGUCAAGCUCUUACUAUGUGGUUGGCUGUGGAUGAAAAAGUGAAAUUCUUGUGCUGGCUUUUAUCAGCUGGCUUUGAUUCUUUUUGAGGGAAAUAAUUUUAGGACAAAUAUUGAUGUAGAUGGUGGUGAUGACUGUCCAGUAAUUUUGCACCACAUGUUGUUAAGCAUCCACAAGAAUCAGGCUAAAAUUAGUGGGUGAGUCAUAAUUGAUAAUAGAUCAGCAGAAGUUUAUCAAUCUGCGUUGCAAAUUUUGCUCAACUUUAAUUUCAAUUAAAGUUUGCUCUUUCAAGAUUAGUUUAUCUUCUUUUAGCCAAGCAAAGUAUCUCCUAUAUCUUAAGCCACUAUUGUAACCAUUUCCAUCUCUCUUCUUUCAUUAUUUCAUAGGAUUGCAGAAAGACAUUUCCAUUGGUAACUUGUACUUAUUGCCGUUUAGAGUUUCAUCUCCUCAGGUCAGUUCAUGUAAAUCAAUCAAACAGUUGGUCAGUCACUCUGAGUCAGUCAGUCACAGAGUCAGACAGCGAGUCUUUGAAUUAGACGAUCAACCAUCAAUCUGGUCAGUGUGUCAGCUAAUUAGUCAAUCAGUCAUUUAGCCAGUAAAUUAGUAGGUCAGUGAGUGAGUUGGUCAAUAAUUCAGUCAGCGAAUCAAACAUUGAGUCAGUCAAUCAAUCAGUGAGUCAUUGAGUUAGUCAGUCAUUGUGUUAGUCAGUGAGUAAGUCAAUUGAUAGUCAGUCUGUGAGUCAGUCAGUAGGUCAGUCAGCAAGUCAGUUAAAAGGCCAGUCAGUUAGUCCACAAGUUUGUCAGUCAGUGAGUUAGUCAGUUUGUCAGUAUGCCAGUCAGUCUGUUGGUCAAUCUCUUCUUCAGUUUGUUGUGCACUGAAUAAAAUAAUAGGCAGUUAAAUAAGCUUCAAACUGAUUACAAGUUAUCCUUAAAACAAUCUCAAUUAACUUUGGAAAUCAUCAAAAAAGGUAAAUUUUACAUGUACCUAAUAACCCUUGAACCCCUAAGAGUGACUAGUAUCUAAUUUCUCCUUACAAUAUCACCCCCAAAUCACACAUUAAGGUAAUGAGAAUAAAGGAAAUGGUCACCAACUAGAGAAGCUCAGGAUUAUGAAACAAAUUCUCCUGAUCAGCAUCUUAGGGAAUAUAUGGGGAGCAGUAUGGAGAAUAUGCAUACUGAUGUUAGGGUAGAAAGGGUUAAGUCUAUUGCCAUUAGAAGCACUAGAUACACAAUUAGAAUUUAGACAUUUGUUUUAAGGUGUUUUUGGUACUGGGGUAACUGCUGAAGUUCCUGAAAUAGUUAUUAAGUACAUUUUUUAUCAAUUUAAUAUUCAGAAUUGUACUGUUAGUGAUAAUUGGGUUUCAGGUAGUUGAUUUAAUUUUGAUUUUUAAUUUUUCAGGAGCACUGAAAAAGAUCCAAUUUGCAAGAAAUGCAGCUACAACCUUAAAACAUAUGGCCAGGUAAGGUAUAGAUCAGUGCUAAUUGUACGAAUACAUUGUUACUGCUGUACUUGGUAAGAAUUUUAAUGCACUCUUUCUAGCAAAGUUUUAGCAAAGUUAAAAUUAUGAUUUUCUUUAAUUAUUUUUUUAUCUUUUUUUUAGCCAUCUUGUUGUGAAUACUGCAAUAUAAGAGCAGCAUUUGAUGGAACAAAGUGCUCUAGGUAAUAAAGUACAAGAAAUCAUUUUACCUUUCUCUUUUAUUUGACAUGAAAUAUGUAUAAUUAUACAACUGCUUUACCAUACACUUUGAUGAGAAAAUUGAUCUUUUUUAUGCCAUCUUAAGUGUAAUUCACAUUGUCCCAAUGUCUUGCUCAGGUGGAAAUGGCUUGCCUUGCACUGUUCCAGGGCAAUUUAAGUACACUUUAUUUGUAUGUACAAUUGUAUUAAGUGUCACAUGUCAUCAAAGUACAACUUAACUUUUGCACAUUAAGUGAUGUCAUCUGACAAUUCUGCAACAGUCAUCACAAUUGGAAAACUACAUGUAUUAUGUAUGAAGCAUGUUUCAAUGAAACAAAUAAACAAUAAAUUUCACCAUAGGACUUGCUCAUCUACCUGCCAUUUACCUUCUACAGUACUUGUAUGUGCUGGAGGUUUGUACUUCUAUAACUUCAUCUUUGUGUCAAGUCUUGGGCACUACUCUUACAGACUUCUUCUUAGAUUUGCAUACAGCCCACAGCUUAAAUUAUAAAUGGCUUUUGCACAGAGGAAAAAUUUGUUGUGAAGGGAGUAUGGUUUUUCUUGACAAGCUUAGUUCUUCUCAAAAAUCAAGAAAGUAAUGCUCUCUUAGGUGUUUGAGUUCAGAAAAGAAGUAUGGUGCUCCUGUAGCUUGUGAACAGUGCAAGCUGAACUGUGCUUUCCAGAAGACUACAGAGUCAAGGGAAAAGGUCAGAAAAGGUUUCUUUUGACAAGAUAGAAGUGGUGUCAUAUGAGAAUAACAAUGUUGCAAUGCUUGCAGGCUUGUUAAGGGGUGGAAAUCCAAUUUGCUACAGAUAUAAAUUUCUCACAGAAGGUACUCAAAUACAUUAAGUAAUAGUCUAACUUCUUGUAGAACUGUGCACAGAAUUCUAUUGAAAGUUUGAUGUGGUGUGCAUCAUACAAGACAGUAGUGUGGUGUCUUUGAGUUUAAAAUGCCAAUUGCUAGUGCUGAAUAUCUUUUGAGGGAAAAAAAACAAGAAAAGUCAACUGAAAAUACGUAAAUGAUGAAUAACAAUCCUUCUUGGGGGGUCUGUUGGGCUCAAGGUAAUAUCUGAUCUAAGUUAUCGUAUAGUGUACUGUGAAGAUGACAAAUAUUGAUGGAGAACAUGAUCAGAUACAAUUUUUUAUCUAAAGAUUCUCGCCUUCUCAAUAAUGCAAGAAGCCCCAAGGCAUAGCCAAUAAGGCUCAAUGAAUCAGACUUGAUGAAUUCAACUGACCUUAAAGUUAGACUUCAUUUUUAUUUUUUAGGUUGAUGGGAAAAUGCUUUGUCUUUUAUGUACAUUAUCAUAUAAAAGAAUAUUACACAAAACCAAAAAGGGAGAGAAAAGGCCCAGUGGAAAAGAUCAUAGAAGAGACAGGUACAUAUUAAUUAUAUUUACUCUGUAAUGCCUGAGAGUGACAAGCAUGUAAAUUAUCUGUACAGUAUCACCCCUGAAUGGUCACAAGAAUAAAAGAAAUGAUCACAGACUAAAGGAGCUCUACAUUUUUAAACAAAUUCUCCUUGUCAGCAUCCUAGGGAAUGUAUUGAGAAUAGUGAGGAGAAUAUACACUUAGUGACCCAGUUUGGGUUUAAAUCCAGACCUUUCAAACAGUACUGCAAUAAAAUAAUUGAUAAGCCACUCCAUGAUCCCCACUAGGACUCUGUUUAUCCCAAAUAGUACAUACGACUGUGAAUUAUUACUAAUUUGUUUUUUAAACUAGGAAAGACAGACAUACGAAGAUUGCCAAAACUGAGAACAGUGACAGUCCUAAAGAUGGCAAGCCAGGAUCAGCUGCUGCCGCUGCUCUGGAGAGGAUUGGCAGUGCACGAAAUAGUCCUUUGACAAUUGCCUUGUACAGUAGUAUGUACAAGUAAGUUCAUACUGUUGUCUUUGCCAUGAAGUGGAAUACAUGUAGUAUGUGGUGUCUACAAAUGAUCAGAACUGUAGCAAGGUCCUUCCAGACUGUUGAUGCUGAUGCUAAAAUUUACAUGACAUUGUAUUAAUUUUUGUAUGAUAUUAAAAAUGUUUGCAGUGAUGCCUCAAGUGAACCUAUUGCACUGGAGUCACACAUAACUGAACUUACAGAACUAAAAGAACAGGUAUUGUGUAAAGUUAGUUAUUCACUAAGAUUAAUGUUUAAUAAUUAUGUAAUAAAAACAAAUGUAUGAGUAAGGAUAAUUGUGUACCAGAAUUUGCAAUAAAUUAAAGCAGGAUGCUCAGAUAUACUCAGACAUCAAAAUUACAUUUUUACCAAUACCUUCAAAUUUACAUUGCAUUCCCAACCUUUCUCCCAUGAACAGAGAACCCAAUAUUUUGGUCACAAGUAAAUUAGAGUUUUACUAAUAUAGUUUGUUUUUAUUGCAUUAUUUUCCCUAUGGUUAGAACACUAUUUUAAUUUCCUAUUCUGUAAGGGAUUUAGCUAACUUUAGGGGCAAAAGAAAGAUUCUAUUUGUAUCAAGUGUCCACUAGAAUAAUGUGAGGGGGUUGGCAUAGAAAUAUGAAUUGUUACUAACAAUCCAGCCAGGUGCUUUUACUUGCUUCUCUGUGCAAUGAAUUUCAUUUGCUUUUCUCCUUGGUCAAAUCAAGAUGUUUAUAUCCUGUUUUUUUUGUCAACGAGGUGGUGAAUCUCAAAAAGCAGUUGCAACAGAAGGAACAGGCAUUGAUUGAGAAGGAAAAAAAGGUGAUCAAUGUAUAUGUGUCUGUGCUCCCAUCCUAAAGGCAUAUUUUGUCAUUGGACACAUAAUCAGUUAAUAUGUAACUGUUUACAUCUACAAGAGUUAACUAGAGGCCUUUCAGGGUGAGAAUGGACUUUACAAUGUAUUUGUCUUUGAAUUCUUCCUUACCAGUUUGGAGAGCAGGAGAGGACAGGGGGUUAAGGAUUUAGGACUCCUCCGUAAAAAACCUCAGUCUAUAAAAAACUAUGUGGGAGGCUAAUUACAGAUGGCUUUUCUUUGUGAUUUAGUUAACUGAACUGAAGGCUGAUCAUUGGGAAAAAGAAAAGGAAUUGAGGCAGAAAAUGGUUCAAAUGCAGAAACAGCAAGCAGAGAGGAUGGAAGGCCUGCAGGUUGGUACUUUUGAAAUGUCUUUCGUUUACAGUAUGAUUCUAAAUAUUUUAUCUUCAACAAAGUUUGGGUCACUCGUUUAUACUUUUUUGACUCACUUUCAUGGUUGAAAUUUGAAAAUAAUUGAAUACAACAUGAAUUUACUAGAUUUAAUUAUAGACAAGUGCACUUUAACAUGAUGAUGAAUGUGCUCUACACAACAGAAUGACGUAUUUGUUUAUUUAUUAGAAUUUUCAUUUCUCAGUGAGUACUAAAAAUGUAGUUCUAAUGUUUAAACUGAUUAAUUCACUUACAGACAGAAAACAGAAAUCUCAAAAAGCAGAUUGCAACACUGUCAAAAGGAAAAGACAAGCAAAUUACAACCUCAGGAUGAAUGCUGUCCAUGUCCAGCUUUUUAGAUUAAUUGCCCUAAAUUUUAACAGAAUAUUUACUGCUGCAAGAAUGAGUAAGACUUGCCCAGGAAUGCAACCAUAAGAUUUUAAUUUUCUAUAAUUUAUUUUUAAAAUCACAUAUUAUUAUAGAUUGUACCAAUUAUGUGGAAUAAGAUCACAUGUAGACUUAGUUUAGAUAACCUGAGAAUGGUAAUUCCUUGCCACAUAAAUGAUAGCUAGUAAGCGUCUCCAACCCACAAGAAAAUAGGAGACCAACUUGUAAGCUGUAAGUGAGGAGAGACAAAUCAAAACAGGUUAUUGGUAUCUUUUCAAUUUUUUAACCUGGUUGACAUACUUCAGAACCUUUUUUUGUGAAAAAAACAAACAAGAGUGGUACAUGUGUAAUACAUCUGAAGAAACAGGCUUAAAUGUGUCCCUUGAGAGUUCAAGUGUGAGGAGUUGCCCUCUUGUGUGUGGGUAUGCUGUUGGACAUUUCAGGCAAUAGAAGACUAAUUUCUCUCACCAAAUGAUUCAAUGAUGUGGCUCCUCACCACAUAUAAUUAGUAUGCUGU